CGCGACGCGAGCGACGCGCGACGCGAGCGAUGCGCGGUGACGUCGCGCGAGCGAUCGCGCGGGCGUCGAGACGCGCGAUGACGACGCAGACGCACGCGCGAGGCGAAAGAAUGGCGAUGGCGAAAACGAUCGCGGCGGCGACGACGACGACGACGACGACGAGGACGACGCGCGCGAGCGCGAGCGCGCGACGGAUGAUGAGCGCGAACGCGUCGAAGAUCACGGCGGCGCCGAUGGUGUACGUGCGGGGAGAGGAGAUGACGGCGUACGUCAUGGAUUUGAUUCGCGCGAAGUGGAUCGAGCCGCGCGUGGACACGACGGCGUGGCGAGAGUUUGAUUUGCGAGCGAAGAAUCGAGACGAUACCGAAGAUCAGGUGCUGCGAGACGUGAUCGAGGCCGGGAAGGCGGUGAAGGCGAUAUUUAAGGAACCGACGGUGACGCCGACGGCGGAUCAAGUGAAACGAUUGGGGUUGCGAAAGAGCUGGGGGUCGCCGAACGGCGCGAUGCGACGCGGAUGGAACGGGAUUACCAUUUCUCGAGACACCAUUCACAUCGAUGGCGUGGAAUUGGGAUAUAAGAAACCGGUGUUCUUCGAGCGACACGCCGUGGGCGGGGAGUACGCGGCGGGGUACAAGAAUGUGGGCAAAGGGACUUUGGUCACGACGUUUACGCCGAGCGAAGGCCCAGACGCGGGGAAACCUGUCGAGGUCGAUUCGCGCACGAUCACCGACAACGAAGCGGCGGUGGUGACGUACCACAAUCCGUACGAUAACGUGCACGAGCUCGCGCGUUUCUUCUUCGGUCGAUGCCUCGAAGCGAAGAUUACGCCGUACGUCGUGACGAAGAAGACGGUGUUCAAAUGGCAAGAGCCGUUUUGGCAAAUCAUGAAGAAAGUUUUCGACGAAGAGUACAAGUCCAAGUUCGUCGACGCUGGGGUGAUGAAGUCCGGUGACGAGCUCGUGCACUUACUGUCCGACGCGGCGACGAUGAAGCUCGUGCAAUGGCGCCAAGGCGGAUUCGGCAUGGCGGCGCACAACUACGACGGCGACGUUUUGACGGAUGAGUUAGCCCAGAUCCACAAGUCCCCGGGUUUCAUCACGAGUAACUUGGUCGGCGUCGAUGAAAACGGUACGCUUAUCAAAGAAUUUGAAGCCUCGCACGGCACCGUCGCCGACAUGGACGAAGCGCGUCUGCGCGGCGAAGAGACCUCUCUCAAUCCUCUCGGCAUGGUUGAAGGUUUAAUCGGCGCCAUGAACCACGCCGCCGACGUUCACAACGUCGACAAAGAGCGUACGUUAGCGUUUACCGCUAAAAUGCGCGCCGUGAUUCACCAACUCUUCCGCGAAGGCAAAGGCACGCGCGAUUUGAGCGGCCCCUCUGGUUUAACCACCGAACAAUUCGUCGACGCCGUCGCCGAACGUCUUUGAUUUCGAUGGCGUCUCUCACAC